AUUGUGUAUUUAACUGUUUUCAGAUUAAAGAUGGCGGUUUGUCCUGCCUAAUAAUGAGCUGAGUGUAAAGAUGGGACAAUGUCUCUGUAAGGAUUCACAAGAUGAGGAUAAUCUGUACCUAAGGAAUGUCGACGAGGUUUGUAAUACUCCAGAAUAUAUUGGAGAUCACUGUACUGAAGAAUAUUACGAAGCUUUAACACAAAAGCAGGUUGAUGACCUUGUCCUGGAGACUCUGGUAGUAAUUAGAACCAAGGUUGAGAUAGAACAGGAUCCUCCAGAUUCUCUUAUUAAACUUAACUCAGUAGCAGAGAAGGAGGAAGGAUGGAUUCAGUUGGUUCGUGCUUUUGUUCACGUGAUACCAGUCUCAGACCCACUUGGACCAGCAGUCAUGUCCUUACUUCUAGACGAUUGUCCUCUACCUACAAGAGAUGCCGCGUUACAGUGCCUGGAGUUAGUAGAUUCUCUACCAUUAGAAGAUAACACUAAACAACAUAGGAACAUAAUGAUAGUGCUGGGUUGUAUUGCAGAGAAGCUGGCAGGACCAAACAGUGUUGCUCUUCUUACAGACAAGAUUCUUCAGUAUCUAAUCAGGAACCUGAGUGUAGAGAACCCUCCCUCCCUAAUUCUGUUCUCAUUGAUCGCUAUAGAGAAGUUUACUCAGACACGUGAAAAUAAAUCUAAAAUAAGGAACAGAUUUUCAACUUUCGUCGGAGACGAGAACCCCUUGCUUCAGCUGGAGAAGUUCGUGAACACCGAGGAGGAUUAUGUACUCCGACAAGUUGGAUUCUGUGCACAGUGGUGCCUGGAUAAUCUACUUCCGGUGGAAAACCGGAAGUACUCGUAUAACUGCGUAGAUACUUCCAAUAUCAACAUGAUGCUUAACUCAAACGAUGUUAGUGAGUAUCUGAAGCUAGGGCCUACUGGACUUGAAGCGCGUUGUGAUGCCUCCAGCUUUGAAUCAGUUCGUGGAACAGGACAAGCAGAUGCAGGUUGCUGGUACUAUGAGGUUCUUAUAAUCACUAGUGGUGUCAUGCAAAUAGGUUGGGCAACCAAGAACAGCAAGUUCUUGAACCAUGAAGGAUACGGGAUAGGAGACGACGAGUACAGCUUAGCAUACGACGGGUGUCGGCAGCUGAUGUGGUAUAACGCAGUAUCUGAGACCCUGAGCAGUUUACCCCGCUGGAAACAAGGAGAUAUUGUCGGCUGCUAUCUAAAUAUUGAGGACGAGAAAGUCAUCUUCUCUCUGAAUGGUGAUUCCCUCCCUCCCUUCAAUCACCUCUUUAAAACAGCCAAAUUUGGAAUAUUUCCGGCCGCUAGUUUCAUGUCCUUCCAGCAAUGUGAAUUCAACUUCGGAGCUAAACCUUUCAAGUUUCCUCCUUCCUCAUCCUACUCAUCCUUUAAUCAGGAGAUGAGUUUAACUGACGAUGAGAAGAUUAUUCUCCCCCGACCCUUGAGGCUAGCGAUACUUCAGAAAACCAGUAUCAAGGAGGAUGCAUGUACAUUAUGCUUUGAUAGCAGAGCAAACAUAUACUUCCUACCCUGCAAACAUAGAGGGUUUUGUGAAGGCUGUGCUCUACAGUUACAGAUCUGUCCAAUGUGUCGGAGUGAGAUUGAAUCCCUGAAGCAUACAAUAGAGGACGGAGAUAAUUCCAACACCGAGGUGGACGGACUCCGUGUCAAUAAACAGGACGGGUUGGGUGUAAAAAAGCAUCUGGAGGAGGAGGAGGAUACCUGGAGCUCAACCGACCAGUCAAUAUUCAAGUCUAUCAACUUAUCAAAAUCCGAGAAUUCCGCGUUCAAUUCUAUACUCAAGGAAAAUUUGACUUUGGAGAAUGAUUCUUUUCGUUCCUGUGAUAAAAUGGAAACAAGUGAAUAUAAGGUUACUCAAGAGGAAUCUUAAAUCAUGUUUGUUUACAACAUUAACUUUCUUCUGUAGGGGCAAGUAAACCUUUUCACCUCAUUUUGAUUUUUUUAAAUUUUAAAAAUCUAAACUUUGAAUAUAUAAUAAAUUAUUUUUAUUGUACCCCUGCAGCGAGUAGUUUUUGUCACUGUUAUUGUAUUCUUUCUGAAACCAUGGAUUAAAAUGCUCAACUUCAAUAUAUCGUUUAAAUAUACUUAGGCAAACAAAAAGUAUAACAUGUUACAAUAAUACAUAACAUAACUGUAUCCUUUGAAUUCGCUUGCGUUCAAAUCAGCUUUCCUUUUUAAUUUUAAAACCGACAUUUAUUCAUUGUGAAGGCUAUACAGUACGCAAUAUCUAGAUGUGUUCAUAAGUUUUAAUCCAGCUAGGUUUUUAGAACAGGAAAAUCAUACUCAUGAAACGGGCCAAGGAGCCGUUCGCAAGUUAGUUGUGAGUAAUUAUUUACUAAGAUACUGAAAUGCUUCUUAUUUGAAAAAACUCUCAAUUUUAUGUUUUGAUCCUAUUAUAUUUAAAGAAUAUAUUAUCAUAUAAAAAAAUUAAUAAGAGUAAGUCUGUCGUUUGGUCUUAUCCCCCCCCCUUGUUACAUCCUUCCUAAAUUAUUGUCCGAAACCCUGGUGAAUCGUUGAAUUUUGUUGUAUACGCAAACGCUGAGAUUCACUGGCUAAACAAAGAUAAAUAAAAGAUAAGAUACAAGUUAAGAGAUAAAUUUCUUUAAAUCUAAAUGUAGCACAGUGAUGGAAAAUUAUAUAUUUCAUUAAUUUGUGAUAUUUUCGUUACUGUGAAAUAACAUUUUAGACCAA